AUGAAGCUGAUUCUAUUAUUUAUUUGUUUUAGUUUAAGCUAUUGUUCAGUUCCAUUAGUUUGUUCAGAAGCAAAAAAGGAAUAUGAAUGUUAGGAAGUUAUCAAUGGAAUGUAAAUAUCUAAUAAAUAAUUUAGAAAUGAAUGUGUAUGGACUGGAGGACAAUGCAGAAUAAAGACUUGUGAAAUGACUACUCCUCCAUGUGAUGGAGAUGCUUAUGUUGGAUUAUCAUGUUCAACAAGUUAAUUAGGAUGCAGAAGUGUAAAAUAAUGUUCAGAUAUUGAUAAUGCACCUUCAUGUUCUUCAGUAACUCCUUCAGGAAAAUAAUGUAUUUGGGAUUAAACAUGUAGAAUGAAAUAAUGUAAGGAUAAUACAUAAGAUAAUUGCAGAAAUAUUAAUGGAUAGUUAUGCAUAUAUUAAAAUAAUUAAUGUACUUUGAUUACUGAUUGUUCUGAUAUUGUUGAAAAUGAUAAAUGUGAAAAUAGUAAUUAUCAUGAAAAUCUUUAAUGUGUAUUGAUAAAUGAUAAAUGUUAAAGAAAAUAAUGUGAUAUGAUUAUGAAUGAAGUAUAUUAUUUAUUUGAUUUGAUAGGAAGAUUGUUUUAAUACUGUAAUAUAAUCUGAGAAAUGUUUUUAUGGAUAAAUUACAGAAGAAAAGUAAGGUUGUUUAAGUUGUUCAACGAUAACAGAUUCUUGUUUAUGUGAUCAUUUCAAUCUUUUUGGUUGUGUAUGGAAAUAAGAUCAUUGUUAUAAACAAUCUUGUUCAACUUUUACUAAUAUAGACUAAUGCAAUUAAGCUUAUGAUAGUUUAACUUGUAUUUGGUAUAGUCCACUAAAUUAAUGUAUAACUAUUCAAAAUGCUAAUGAAUUGGAUCGUUAAUGUGAUAUCUAUAGUUUUAGUUCAGGAUUACAAUUGUUACUAAUUGUCAUCUUAUUAAUGUUUUGA